AUGUGGACAGAUAGGACUAUUGCAGGCCUAUACAAGCUGAACAGCAAGGUAGUAACCUUUGCAACUGAAGACAAGUGUGCUAAGGCAAAAGCAUGGGUUGCUGAUAAGAGUGGAGUCAAGGAAUGGUCUAGAGGAUGGUUGGUGGUAGAUGGUACACACAUCAAUCUUGCUUGGAAGCCAGCACUCAAUGCUUGCAAGCAUUACUCAUACAAGGGUGAUUAUACAUUCAACAUUGCCCUUGUCUUCCUCCCUCAUUCCUUGCACAUUGUCAAGUCAGUGGUUGGACAUCCUGGGUCAUCACAUGAUGUGCAAGUCUGGGCUUCAGGCAGUGGUAUUGUUGCCAAGCCUCAUUCACAUCUUGAUGAAGGCAAGUUUGUCUGGGUUGAUGCUAGUUAUGGCUACUCCAGCUACACAGUUGGACUGUACAGCAACACUGCAGCUGCAAAGAGCAGAGAUCUCCACUACUUCAACUAUUCACUCUCCCACAUUUGUGUCAAGGCUGAACAUGGCAUUGCCUACCUCAAGAACUGCUUCCAUUGUCUCAUGGGAUUUCGAGGCAACCUGUAUCGAGAAGAGGACCAUGAGAAAGCUGCACAUAUGGUCCAGGCUUGUAUCAUUGUGCAUACAUUUGCAAGCCAUUAUGAUCAACCAGAUGAGGUGGCAGAAUACCUUAAGGCAUCAGAAAAUCUAUCUGAAGCUGAAGUGCUGGAGACCACAUCAGGGAUGGAAGCAUAUCAGCAGGCUACUGAAGAUGCAAGGAUACAAUGA